GUAACUGUAUGUUACUUUGCUAGCCAGAACACGGUAUUAAUUGGUUUCAUCGGAGGUUAAAUUUUCACUCUGUUUAGGAAAGCAAACGUCUCUCUUUUUUUUCUCCCCCAAACUGAUGUGUAUUGUUGGCAGAAUAUUUUGGGAACCUGAGGGAGGUCAGCAUUAGGAGUAAGAGUGUACUUCACAUGAAAUAGCAUGCUUGUAUUUGUACACCACUUUCUGAAUUUUUGUCACUUGCAGGAAACUGGAACAAAACUAUGAAUUAAUAUAAUAUAUUUCUUAAUGUAUACCAUCUCCUGGCCAAUCCAGUUUCGUAACCCUAAGAGAACCUCUGAAACUUUCCAUGGACACUUUUUCUUUCCCUUUCUGCCUAAGCAAGGUCUAGUGGGAAGGGAUGCGUUAAACUUAACAAUGUUAUAUUCCUGAGAUACUUAACACGUGCUUUAAAACAAAUACUCACAUCAUCAUGAACUAUAGAGAACACUGAUGAAAAACUAUGCUAGUAACCACAUAAACAACAAAUAUUUGUCUCUGAGGGACGGUCAAUGUGAGUGGAACUUAAGUAGCAUUCAUCAAACUGUGAAAAUCUGAGAAGACACAGGGUGGCGCUGCAGGACAACGUUACAGAAAAAAAAAAUCCCAUUCAAUGCUGCGGACACACAGCCCAAGAGAGCACGGAAAACUAGGAAGAAAUAGCAAGUCGUGGAGGUGCUACCUAGAAACCUUUUAUCCUUUGGAUUCUGAGGAUUCUGUGGACAAAUCAAGGGACAUUUUUACCGAACUGCAUGGUGAGGCAGAAGUGACUCUUUCAGAAGCCUGCCGGAAAGGAACUAUGGAGAACCGAGGGGGAAACUAUCUGCAGACAAGGCAAGUCCUGCUUCUCUUUGUUUUGCUGGGAAUGUCUCAAACGCACGCUGAGCCUGGGAGACUUUCGGUGGUGGAGGAGACGCUGAGCGGGGCCUUGGUAGGCAAUUUGGUAAAGGAUCUGGGGCUCGAGGUGGUUGAGCUGUCUUCACGGGGGGCUCAAGUGGUCUCUAAAGAUAACAAACUGCCUUUGCUUUUGAACGUAAAUACAGGAGAUUUGCUCCUAAGCGAACCGUUAGACAGGGAGGAGCUGUGUGGUUCCACGGAGCCCUGCGUGGUGCAUUUCCAGGUGUUAAUGAAAAACCCCUUACAGAUUUUGCAAGUUGAGCUUCAGGUCAGGGAUAUAAAUGACAACUCCCCCAUAUUCUUGGAAAAGGAAAUGGUUCUAGAAAUCCCAGAGAAUAGCCCUGUUGGUUCUGUGUUCUUACUAGAAAGUGCGACGGAUUUAGAUGUAGGACCCAAUGCUGUGAAAAACUACAUCAUAAGCCAGAGCUCUCAUUUCCACAUUGCAAUGAGAGUUAAUCCUGAUGGCAGGAAAUACCCAGAGUUAGUUUUGGACAAGGCACUGGACUACGAGGAGCAGCCACAGCUCAGUCUCAUCCUCACUGCUUUGGAUGGUGGGACUCCACCCAGGUCUGGGACUGCCUUGGUUCGGGUGGAAGUCAUAGAUAUUAAUGACAACUCCCCUGAGUUUGAGCACAUGUUCUAUGAAGUGAAGAUUCCAGAGAAUAGCAUCCUUGGCUCACUGGUUAUCACUGCAUCGGCUAGGGAUUUAGACUCAGGAAUUAAUGGUGAACUCUCAUAUGCCUUUAUCCAUGCAUCAGAGGAUAUUAGAAAAACAUUUUCAAUUAACAAAAGCUCUGGAGAAAUACGUUUAAUAGGAUAUUUGGACUUUGAAACAACUGAAUCCUACUCGAUAAUCAUUAAAGCUACAGAUCGGGGAGGACUUUUUGGGAAAUCUACAGUAAGAAUUCAGGUGAUGGAUGUGAAUGACAAUUCUCCUGAAAUUGCUGUGUCAUCAUUUAUCAGUCCAACCCCAGAAAACACCCCAGAGACUUUAGUUAUGAUUUUUAGUAUCCAAGACAAGGACUCAGGAGAGAAUAGCAGGAUGAUCUGUUCUAUUCCGGAGGACCUCCCGUUUGUGCUAAAAUCUUCAAUUGAAAAUUACUACCACUUAGAAACUGAGGGAGCACUGGACAGAGAGAGCAGAGCUGAGUACAACAUCACCAUCACAGUCACCGACAUGGGCACACCCAGGCUCACAACCCAGCACACCAUAACAGUGCAAGUGUCUGACGUUAACGACAACGCCCCCGCCUUCACCCAAACCUCCUACACGCUGUUUGUCCAGGAGAACAACAGCCCCGCCCUGCACAUAGGCACCAUCAGUGCCACAGACUCAGACUCAGGCUCCAAUGCUCACAUCAUCUACUCUCUGCUGCCCACCCCCGACCCGCAGCUGGCCCUCAACUCGCUCAUCUCCAUCAACGCCGACAAUGGGCAGCUGUUCGCGCUCAGGGCGCUGGACUAUGAGGCCCUGCAGACCUUCGAGUUCCACGUGGGCGCCACAGACCAAGGCUCUCCUGCACUCAGCAGCCAGGCGCUGGUGCGAGUGCUGGUGCUGGACGCCAACGACAAUGCGCCCUUCGUGCUCUACCCGCUGCAGAACGCCUCUGCACCCUGCACAGAGCUGCUGCCCAGGGCGGCAGAGCCAGGCUACCUGGUCACCAAGGUGGUGGCAGUGGACCGUGACUCUGGACAGAAUGCCUGGCUGUCCUUCCAGCUGCUCAAGGCCACGGAGCCCGGGCUGUUCAACGUGUGGGCUCACAAUGGCGAGGUGCGCACCUCCAGGCUGCUGAGUGAGCGUGAUGCUCCCAAACACAGGCUGCUGCUGCUGGUCAAGGACAAUGGAGAUCCUCCAAGGUCUGCCAGUGUCACUCUGCAUGUGCUGCUGGUGGAUGGCUUCUCUCAGCCCUACCUGCCUCUGCCAGAGGUGGCGCGCGACCCCGCCCAGGACGAGGACGUGCUCACUCUGUACCUGGUCAUUGCCUUGGCUUCUGUGUCUUCCAUCUUCCUCUUGUCUGUGCUGCUGUUUGUGGGGGUGAGGCUGUGCAGGAGGGCCAGGGCGGCCUCUCUGGGUGGCUGCUCUGUGCCUGAAGGACACUUUCCUGGUCACCUGGUGGACGUCAGUGGCACAGGGACCCUGUCCCAGAGCUACCAGUAUGAGGUGUGUCUGACAGGAGGUACUGGGACAAAUGAGUUCAAAUUUCUGAAGCCAAUUUCCCCCAAUCUACCACCCCAGUUCCCUGGGAAAGAAAUGGAGAAAAGUCCUACUCUCCACAAUAGUUUUGGGUUAUUUAGUGACCAUAACUGAUGCUAUAUUUCAUAUGUGUUUCAUUUCAUGGCUAUCCCAAGGCAGUGUGCAUUUCUCCCAGUUUGCAUGAUCUUCAAAUCUGCUAGUAUUUACAUUUCCUUUUUUCCCUCCCACUUUUCAAUUUAUGUCAGCACUUGUAAUAAGCUGGUAAUUUAUUCUGUGGCCGGUUCUCUAGAUGUCCUACCUUGUAAAGCCUUUACCUCCUUAAACAACACAAAAUUACCCCCAUCUGUCUUCUCCAGUUGCAUCUUCCCCUUUGCUGUGCUUACGAUGAAAUAAACAGACCACUG